AAGCUAAAGCUUUGGUCUUUGUCUGUUGACUCUUGGCUUGUAGCCCAGGAUAAAAUACCGGUUUCAAGAAGCAGGAUCACGUAUUCACCGGCGGAGUUUGAACUGAAAUUCAUCAGUGCAGUAAAGACAAUUCCGUCUUCAUCGACGCGACGGUCGAAACAUCGUCGAAUUACCGUAAUUUAUUUAUUUUCAUAAAGUUUUACAAUUAGCUAAUCAUUUUGAAGAAGAGGCUGUUCAGUAUCAUGUUUCCACUAAUUUAUGGACUUAUUCUAUUAAGUUGCCAAGGUUGGCUGGUUUUAUCCAGCCCUGUUAAGUACGAUCAGCGUCAAGAAGGUGAUGUCAAUGUACAAAUUGAUCUCAAAGAUGUGAAAAUCAUCGCCCUCCUCAACUCAGACGUAUUUGAUGAUUACACGAAUUACGACUACGCUUAUGAUUAUGCAGACUUCACUGUUAAACCAGUGACGAAACCGACGAAACCGACGAAACCACCUACAACAACAACAGCAGCAACAACAGCAGCAAUAAAAACUUCAAGUAAAUUAUCUGAAACAUCAACAGUAUUGCUAACAAACUCUUCAAGUUUAGAAACUAAAACAACUGAAAGUGUUUUUUCAUCUACAAGUGCGACUAGUGCUGUUACUGAUGAUAAUAAAAUAGUUGAAAAUUUUACAAUGUCAAUUGAAAGUAAUGCAGAUGAAAUGAGUUUAAAAAAGCUAAAGAACGAGGAUAAAUUUAAAAACCUGUUUGAGAAAAUUGUAAAUGCUACUGAAGAAGCACCAAGUGCCACUACUGAAGCUUUAACAGAAAAACAGGUACUGGUUCACAAACAAACGAAAAGAUGUCGGGCAGGAUAUGAUAAGUCUGGAACAUGUCAUCGACGAAGAAUAUCUUUGUUACCACUUGCAAUGAAAGUGGCACCCCAAUUGAUACGAAGCAUGAGACAACAAUUGAUCCACUGAUGACUUCUAUGAACAAAAUUGGAAUGAAUUUUUACAGAAACUUAUGCUUAAACCAUAUCAUCAUCUGUGAUUCUUAGAACGUAACGUACUAUCAUUUUUAAUCAUCAAAGAUUGAAGAAGAUAAUGAUACUUGAUCUGUGAAAUUAUUAGUCUAUAUAAUUCACAUAUAUUUCUAAAAAAUAUAACUACAAGAAACGGCAAAAAUAUAUUUACUUUUGUUAAAUAAAAUAAUUUUCCUUUUAUUGCAAUUAUUUAUAACUAAUA